CAAAUGAAUCCGAGAUUUAAAACAAAAUGUUAGCCCAGCAGCAUUUUUACCAAUGGAACUUGUCCAACAUAGAGUUGAAACCUUUUAAACGGGAUCUAUUCAAAGGCGGCAAAAACGAAACUUGUGUCCGACUAAUUCGAAGACAAAGAGCCCGAGGACUGUUAUGAUUGAUUAUAGGCCCGUAGCUGUGUGUUCCUCGCAAGAUCAUCGCAACUUCAUCAGUUUGCCUUUGUAGCAGGAGGUCAAUCUCUGACAGUGUAUUGAUUUCUUAUCAAAUUUUCCAUUAUUUGUGUACUUCAUCAGCAAAGAGACACUGUUCAAUGGCCGUUAAAACGGAUAUGAACAGGGUGUACAAUAGACUAGAGUGGAGUUUCUUUAGGAACGUUGUGUCCCAGCUUGGGUUCCACCCAACGUGGACACGGGAACAUGUCAUAUCUGCUCUUCUUCUUCUGGAGUUUAUUUAAAUGAAUCUGUCAGUACUUGUUUAUGGAGUAAUAUUAUUUAAUCCCAAUCAUUUUUAGGUGUUGACAAAUGGAAUAGAAGUAAAGUUGCAGAGGAAUGCAUUCAGUGUCCUUGAAGCUCCUACUGGAAAUGAAGUAGACGAUGAUCUUGAUUUCGAAAAUACACUGAGGAAUGGUUCUGAUAUGAUUGUUUCUUUUCCAGCAUCCGAGGACACACUGAAGCCUCAUAAGUCGAAGCUAAGAGGGCAGAGAUCAUCACGGUCAUUUCACAAGACCCUGAGCAGGUCUCUAUCAUCUGACUCACAAUCAAAAAGCUCUGCUUUUACUCUCCCUCAAAACAUGAAGGUUGAUCUUAGCAAACUGGAAAUGCCUGCUUUACUCAAAUAUUGGCAACAUUUCAACCUCGUGGAUGCAAUUCCAAAUCCAUCAAAGGAGCAACUAAUUGACAUUGUUCAGAGACACUUUAUGUCUCAGCAAAUGGAUGAGCCUCAAGUUAUUAUGGGGUUUGUUCAAGCUGCAAAGAGAAUGAAGAGAGCCUGCAAGUUGCAAUCCAAAGAAGCCAGAAACACCGAUCUUAACUGCAUCAGCUAAAAGAAACAAGCCCUGACUUUAAUAAUAGAUCCUCUAAGUAAAGUGAUGCCAACUUGAGUAACCAUUUGUGGCUUGCUGCAGCAAGUUUUAGCUCGUUCCGGAGAUAUUUGGCUAAGGAGUAGAAUGUUGUUUCUUCUUGCUUCUGUUGUUUAACCAUGUAAUUACCCCCAAUCAAACAAAAAAAGACCCUGAAAUCAAGAAACAUGACUCUCUAAAGCUUCCAAUUGAAUUUACUAUCUGUUCUGAUUUUAGUAUGUUACAAUGUAAAUAUGUUUUAUGUGACCUUUCUCUCAGUCCUUUUUUUUUUGUUUUAAAUUGAGUAGUAACAUUAUUUUAUAGAUUGAAACAUAAUUUAUUGAUGGGCCUGUUGCGAGUAAAACAAAACAUACAACCAAACUUCCUCUUCAUCUCUCUCCAUGCACUCAUCUACGUCCUUCUCUUUGCGCAAUAAACACAUAUUCAAGAUUUUCAAUCUCUCUUUUGUUGCUGCAAUCAGAUUUGAUAUAACUUCAUACUCUUACUCUCGCCUUCUUAUAUAAUAAACCCUCGCGGGAGAAUCUGCCUCCCUUUUCUUUUUCGCCUGACUAGUUCUUUUUUUUUUUUAUAACCGAGUAUCCUGGAUCCACCGUGGUGGUCCGGAUUAGAGACCGAAGCGAGCAUGGACCCGAAGGUCACCAGGUGGUUCACCGCGUAACGGUCUUCGGUCUCGGAUGCUGCAGCCCAUAUGUAAAUUCCGCAGUGGCCAAGGUUCGAACCCAGGACGGGCACUCCAGCUGGAGCUCCUAUACCACUAGACCAAAGCAACUUGGUUGCCUGACUAGUCCUUUAGUGGAGUAUAAACGUAUAAGAACAGGAAUCGCUGCUUAUAGUUAUAGAUGCAUAUCAUGGUGAAUUACUUUUAUAGAACGCAUGUGCGCUUGGAUAAAGAUACCAAGAAAAUUGAAUAUCACCAUGCAACAUGUAUUUAGUAGCGUAACUAUGCAUCAACGAUCAAACAAUUAAUAACUACUUCCCCAGUUCCUAAAUAUAAGAUAUUUUAGUUGAAACAAAUAGACUAUAUGAUUGGUUACAUAGUUUUUGAUAAAUUUAAAAUUAUCUAGAAAUAUUAGAACCUCAUACAUAUUAUUGAAACAUCAAUUUUUUUUUAAACAUCUUAUAUUUAGGAACAUACGGAAUAU